UGAUAACAAGGUGAAUGUCGCAUGCUGUAAACAACCUGGCGAUGCGUUAAAUUUCUCUCGCAAAAAAAAAAGCCCAUUUUCAUUUCUUUGAGAAACACAUCCAGGAAGAUUGAUAAAUAUAUCCUCUCCAAAGCAUGUCGGCUACACAGAAGAACAAUUUUAAGGAGAGGAGAGACUUAGAUGUCAGAAAAAGAGAUGUGGAAGAGGUGAAGGAAAAGUAUCCUGACAAAAUCCCAGUAAUCAUUGAAAAGUAUGCGGGCGAGAAAAACCUUCCAAAUUUGGACAAGUGCAAGUUCUUAGUGCCUGACAAUGUCAAUAUGAGUGAAUUGGUGAAGAUAAUCAGGAGGAGGCUCCAGCUUCAUCCAAACCAAGCAUUCUUCCUACUGGUGAACAAUAAGAGUAUGGUGAGCAACACAACCCCCAUCUUUGAGGUGUACAAUACACACAAGGAUGAGGAUGGAUUUCUUUAUGUAACAUAUGCUUCACAAGAGACAUUUGGUUAAAGACUGAUGUUUUAUAAACUAUUUCAUUGUUUUUAUAAUAAUAAGUCAAAAUGGUAAAAAAAAGAGUAUUAGAUAGAGUACAAAUACCAUGUGUUGAAUAAAAUUACUAUGGAACUGUUUAGUACUCUGACAUUAUCACUGUAUGUUUUAUGAAUAUUUACUCUUUUACCAACAGCCAUAUUUGUUGUACGAGUAUUCUUAUCUGCUGAUAUUGGAUAGACCAACAGAUUAUUGAAGAUCUGGUGAAUGUGAAAAUAUAAAUUAGUUAUCACACUUGUAUUAUUAUUAACAUAAAUAAGUAAACACUUAUUUAUUAUUUUUUCUUUUUACUAUUUUUAUUGUAAUCUUUUAUUUGCAAGGAGGGCUUUUACAGUUUGUGAGAGGGUUGAAGAUGAUGUCAUUUACUGUUGACAUUUUGAGAGCAUUAUGCAGCAAAUAUUUUGUUCCUUAUAAUCCACAUCUUAGCUAGCUGCAGAAGCAGGGCCAUAGCCACUGAUUUCAAAGGGGAGUUCUUUUUCUGAAAAAGUGGACAUUUUACCAUGAAACCUUUAUGUACCUAGAUCAGUUUUUGCCCAGAGGAGACCUUUUCCUGGCGAAAAAAGGGGUUUAUUCAAGACCCCCCUCUCCUUCCCUGGUGCCUGAGUAGAUAACUUGUAUAUAUUAAUGUAUAUAAAUAGUGUUGAUAAUUCAUGUAAUUUAUUAGGGUAUUAAAUGGAAUGUUAAGUAUACAUUGUAAUGUGGUAUUCUGAGGCAUAAAACAAUAAAC